CUGAAAUGUCGAUGAGGGAAAACUCGAUGCCCAUGCGGAAGUCCCUGAUCAUUUGGAUAAAUGCACAAGAGAAAACAACCAAAUGAAAAUGUAAAAGAGCAUUGUUGUGGUGUCCAGCUGGAAUCAUCAUGUCCUCCGCUGGUCCAUCUCUGUCGCACCCUCGGUGCUCCGCGGCGGGAGCUGAGGCCGGGGCAGCAAGCGAUCGUGGGAUUUUCUCCUCAGACAGACACGCUGGGCUCCUGCUAGCUCAGAUGAACAAAAUGCGCCUGCAGUCUGACUUCUGCGAUGUGCGACUGCUGGUAGGCGGAAGGGUGUUCGGGGUCCAUAAGCUGGUGCUGGCUGCCAGCGGCCCGUACUUCGCUGCUCUGUUCUCUGGAGCUAUGAGCGAAGCCCAUGAGGAGGAGGUUCGCAUUGUUGGAGUGGAAGCUGACGUCUUUGAAAUUCUCCUAGAAUUUAUUUACACUGGCUCUAUUGACGUGACGGUGGACACUGUGCAGGAGCUGAUGGUGGCUGCAGACAUGCUGCAGUUGAGUGAGGUGGUGGAUAUAUGUGGAGAAUUCCUGCGGGCUCAUAUGGACCCAUCCAACUGUGUGGGGAUCUAUCGCUUUUUGGAGCAGAUCGCCUGUAUGGAGCUGCUACAGUUCACUGAAGACUACAUCCAUGUCCACUUUCUAGAGGUGUGCGCCUCAGAAGAGUUCUCAAGCUUGUCUAAAGAUCAGCUGGUGAAGCUGCUCCGCAGUGAGGAGCUCAGGAUCGAAGACGAGUAUCAGGUGUUCACGGCUGCUAUGGACUGGCUGCACCACGACGUGCCGCACAGGAAGAAGCAUGUGGUGGAAGUUCUGGAACCGGUGCGCUUCCCGCUGCUGUCUCCACAGAGACUCUACAAGUACAUCGAGGGUAUUUCUGACUUCAGUUUGCGAGUUGCAUUGCAAACCCUUCUGAGAGAGUACACUGAAGUCAACAAGUCCCCUAAAGAGAGCAAACCUUUCAGCCUUCUGCAGACGGCCAAGGCCCGGCCCCGGAGAAAAGCCCGCAAGUACCUCUACGCCAUUGGCGGUUACACUCGUCUGCAGGGCGGCCGAUGGAGUGACAGUCGGGCUUUGAGUUGUGUUGAGCGCUUUGAUUCGUUCAGUCAGUACUGGACCACCGUGUCUUCCCUGCAUCAGGCCCGCAGUGGACUCGGGGUGGCCGUCCUGGAAGGCAUGAUAUAUGUAGUGGGGGGAGAAAAGGACUCCAUGAUUUUCGACUGCACGGAGCGGUACGACCCAGUGACCAAGCAGUGGGCGGCAGUGGCGUCUCUGAACUAUCCACGCUGUGGGGUUGGAGUUUGUUCCUGUCAUGGAGCUCUUUACGCACUUGGUGGCUGGAUUGGCUCAGAAAUCGGGAAGACCAUGGAACGAUAUGACCCAGAAGAAAAUAAAUGGGAGGUUAUUGGGAGCAUGGCUGUUCCUCGAUAUUAUUUUGGCUGCUGUGAGCUGCAAGGCUUCAUCUAUGUGAUUGGUGGCAUCAGUGAUGAGGGUACGGAGCUGCGCUCGGCUGAGGUUUACGACCCCAUCUCUCGCCGCUGGAGCGCCCUGCCGGUCAUGGUGACCCGACGGGCGUACGUGGGUGUAGCUAGCCUCAAUAACUGCAUCUACGCUGUAGGAGGCUGGAAUGAGGCUCUGGGAUCAUUGGACACAGUGGAGAAGUACUGCCUGGAGGAGGAGAAGUGGGUGGAGGUGGCGUCGAUGGCCGUCCCGCGUGCUGGGGUAACGGUUGCAGCCGUUAAUGGUUUGUUGUAUGCGGUGGGAGGUCGGACCUCUAGCCGGGACUUUUCAGCGCCGGUCACUGUCGACUCGGUCGAAAUCUACGACCCCCACCUGGACACGUGGACGGAGAUCGGUAACAUGAUCACCAGCCGCUGUGAUGGAGGUGUAGCUGUGCUCUGAUAGGCCACAUAUUCACACCCAGCAACAUGAAACUGGUUUUACAGUGUCUAAUUUAUUAUCAUUUUUAAAUGAGUGAAGAAGACCACCGGAGAUCGGUCUCAUAUGUUAGCCUGUGCGUUUGGUGAGGCUCGUUUAGGAAGUAAGUGUCAAGGUGAGUCUUUUUAGACUUCGUUUUGAGACACUGUGAGAUCAUGAGCAAUUAAAACAUUUGUAUAACAGCACUUCUAACCAGCCAUCAGCCAGAAGAUUCACAGCCUGCUUCAAUAAGCCACUCAGUU